GGAGCCCAAACCUGUCGGGCCGGUUUUGAGAGCUGUGGGACCGAGGCUGGUGAAGGAUGCACGGCCUGCCCCGUGCUCCGCCCGCUCUCUCAGCCGCCUGAGUCCGGCUCCUGCCUGCCCUGCAGCCCACCGGGCCGACCCCAUGAUGCGCGCGCCAGGCCUCCUGGUGCCCCUGCUGGGCCUGGGGCUGGCCCUGAGACUGCCGGGGUCGGGGGCCGCGGACUGCGGGUCCCUCGGCCCGGUGGACCGCCUGGCAUUCGCCCCGGCGGCCAGGGCGCCGUGGCUGGCCCCUCGCGUCCGCGCGCCGGGUCCCCUGGACCCCCUCUAUGGCACCGUGCGCAGCUUCCUCUCCGUGGUGCAGCUGAACCCCUUCCCCGCUGGGCUGGUAAAGACCCUGCUGAAUGAGCCAGCUUCCGUGAAGGUGGAUGAGGUGGUGCGGUACCAGGCAGGCUACCUGGUGUGCGCUGUGAUCGCCGGCCUCUACCUCCUGGUGCUGCCUACCGCCGGCCUCUGUUUCUGUUGCUGCCGCCGCCGGCGGCGCUGUGGAGGCCGCGUGAAGACGGAGCACAAGGCGAUGGCCUGUGAGCGAGGCACCCUCAUGGCCUUCCUGCUGCUGACCACCCUCGUGCUGCUGAUUGGUGUGGUCUCUGCCUUUGUCACCAACCAGCGUGUGCAUGAGCACGUGGGCCCCAGUGCUGCGGCUGUGCCUGAGACUCUGCUCAGCCUCCGGGGGCUGUUCUCUCAUGUCCCCCAGGAGCUGCAGGCCGUGGCACAGCAGUUCUCUCUUCCCCAGGAGCGAGUCUUGAAGGAGCUGGAUGGUGUAGGCAUGAGCAUCGGGAGCGUGAUCCACACCCAGCUCAGGAGCACCGUGUACCAGGCACUAGCCUCAGUGCACAGCCUGGGCCAGGCCCUGCAGGUCUCCGUGGACCACCUCCGAGCCCUGAACGCCACCUCGGUGGAGCUGCUGGAGGGACAGCAGGACCUGGAGCCGGCUGUCCGGGAGCGCCGGGAGCACCUCCUCGCCCUGCUGCAGGAACCCAGCUGCCAGGGCUGUGCAGAGGCCCUGAGCCAGGCCCGCGCCCUGGAGCUGGGAGCCAACUUUAGCCAGAUGCCCGCCAUGGACGAUGUCCUGCAUCAGCUGAAGGGUGUCCCAGAGGCCAACUUCUCCAGCAUGGUCCAGGAGGAGAACAGCACCUUCAACUCCCUCCCGCUCUUGGCUGCCCUGCAGACGGCCGACAUGGUCAGAGAGCUGAAGAAGGCCAUGACCCAGGAGCCUGGAGGGCUGAGGACACUGGCUGAAGCAUUCCCGGCCUGGGAGGCAGCCUCUCGCUGGAGCCGGGCACUGGAGGAGGUGGAAGAGAGCAGCCGCCCCUACCUGAAGGAAGUGCAGAGAUAUGAGAAAUACAGGUGGAUUAUGGGCUGUGUGCUGUGCUCCGUGGUCCUACUUGUGGUGGUCUGUAACCUGCUGGGCCUCAACCUGGGCAUCUGGGGGCUGUCUGCCAGGGAGGACCCCAGCCACUCAGAAGCCAAGGGCGAGGCUGGAGCCCGCUUCCUCAUGGCGGGUGUGGGCUUCAGCUUCCUCUUCGCUGCACCCCUCAUCCUCCUCGUCUUUGCCACCUUCCUGGUGGGUGGCAACGUGCAGACGCUGGUGUGCCGGAGCUGGGAGAGUGGGGAGCUCUAUGAGUUUGCAGACACCCCAGGGAACUUGCCCUCGUCCAUGAACUUGUCCCACCUUCUUGGCCUGAAGAAGGACAUCAGCAUCCUCCUGGCCUAUCAGCAGUGCAGGGAAGGGGCUGCUCUCUGGAAGGUGCUGCGGCUCAAUGACUCCUACGACCUGGAGAAGCACCUGGAUAUCAGCCAGUACACCGCCAAGCUACAGCAGGAGUUACGGAGCCUCAAACUGGAAGUGAAGAAUCUGGACUUGCUGAGCCCAGCUGCCCGCCGGGACCUGAAGGCCCUGCAGAGCAGUGGGCUCGAGAACAUCCGCUACCCUGGCUUCCUCGUUCAGAUCCAGAAGCCCGUGGUGAACACUGACAUAGAGAAGCUGGCCCAGGAGCUGCAAGGACUGGCCCAGACCCAAGGCAGUGCUGUGCUGGGGCAGCAGCUGCGGGAGGAGGCCCAAGGGCUCAGAAACCUCUAUCAGGAGAAGGUCCUCCCCCAGCAGAGCCUCACGGCCAAACUCAACCUCAGUGUCAGGGCCCUGGCAUCCUUUGCCGCAAAUCUCCAGCUGGAGACCUCCGAUGUCCUAGACAAGGUCACUAACCUAAGAGGAGAGCUGCCUACCUGGGCCACCCAUAUCCUGAAGAAUGAAAGUGAGUGUUUCCUGACCCGGGAGAUGGGCUACUUCUCCCAGUACGUGGCCUGGGUGAGAGAGGAGGUGACUCAGCGCAUCGCCACCUGCCAGCCCCUUUCUGGAGCCCUGGACAAUGGGCGUGUGGUCCUGUGUGACAUGAUGGCUGACCCCUGGAACGCCUUCUGGUUCUGCCUGGCAUGGUGCACCUUCUUCCUGAUCCCCAGCAUCAUCUUUGCUGUCAAGACCUCCAAAUACUUCCGUCCCAUCCGGAAACGCCUCAACUCUACCAGCUCUGAGGAGACUCAGCUCUUCCACAUCCCCCGGGUCACCUCCCUGAAGCUGUAGGACCCCAGUGGGGACGUUUGCAGUACAAAGUGAUGCCCAGGUUGCUGCCUGCCCCCUUGACUUGGCCUGGACCAGAGAACUCCUGUCGCUCUUGCCCCCAGAGCCCAGGUCACAUGCAGGCCUGGAUUGCCCCCCACUCCAGUUGUCUGACCCCAUCUUACCUGUCUACCUCCAUUCUGCUCAAGACCCCUUCACUCUUCCUCAAAAAUGCAUUUAACUUCUGUUGAA